UAUUCGCAGCCGCAACUACCAUAUUCGCAGCAGCAACCAUUUCGACCACAACAACCAUAUCCACAACCGCAACCACAGUAUUCGCAACCACAACAACCAAUUUCGCAUCAGCAGCAACAGCAACAACAACAACAACAACAACAACAACAACAACAACAACAACAACAACAACAACAACAACAACAACAACAAAUCCUUCAACAAAUUUUGCAACAACAACUGAUUCCAUGCAUGGAUGUUGUAUUGCAACAACACAACAUAGCGCAUGGAAGCUCACAAUUUUUGCAACAAAGUACUUACCAGUUGUUGCAAGAAUUGUGUUGUCAGCACCUAUGGCAGAUCCCUGAGCAGUCGCAGUGCCAAGCCAUCCACAAUGUUGUUCAUGCUAUUAUUCUGCAUCAACAAAAAAAACAACAACAACAACCAUCGAGCCAGGUCUCCUUCCAACAGCCUCAGCAACAAUAUCCAUCAGGACAGGGCUCCUUUCGGCCAUCUCGGCAAAACCCACAGGCCCAGGGCUCUGUCCAGCCUCAACAACUGCCCCAGUUCGAGGAAAUAAGGAACCUAGCGCUACAGACGCUACCUGCAAUGUGCAAUGUCUACAUCCCUCCAUAUUGCACCAUCGCGCCAUUUGGCAUCUUUGGUACUAACUGAGAAGAGAAUAACUCUAGUACUAGAUAUAUGAAACACCGUUUUCUUAGUCCAUGGUUUGGUCGUUGUAGCGGUGAAAAAAUAAAGUGACAUGCACUAUCAUGUAAGAACCCGAACUAUACUAGUUCAAACUUGGGAAUAAAAGACAAACAAAGGUCUUGUCUA